GUCUCGAGUGUCGCCCGAGUCUAUCUCUCCUCUCUGUACAACUUUUUUUUUCGUCGUUCGAACUGCAAUUUUCACCAUGCAAACGCGCUCAUCACUUAACUCUGUGCUUGGAAAGCGCUCUCACCAGAUUGACACUGCAGUCUCUGCUAAUAUCUCCUGCGACGAGGCAUUCGCAGUGACUCAAUUGCCUCUCACACCUGAACUGACCCCGAAACCAAAACGCGCUCGAGUUUCGUUGUCGACUGUUGAUGGCGAUGCUAACAAGGAAAAUAUUCCUCCCUUCUCUGGAGAGCUCCUUAACGAGACGUCCCCCAGCAUUGUGCGUAGCUCGCUGAGACGUACGAGUACAGAGCUCAUAAGCCCGUCACGUCCGAGAGCAACGCGGAGACAUGCCUCCACAUCCAAUGUAUUAGCACUACCUUGUACUCCGGCAUCAGCCAUAUCUCACCUUGCUAUAUCUACCCCUCCUCCCACUCCAC